AUGUUUUUGCAAUUAAAAGGUUACUACUCGAGUGUAAGUAAUCCUGUGUUAUUAUAUUCGACGGCUUCCAAUAUUCGAGUAGCAAAUACUUCUAAAAUAGUUAAAUAUAGUGCUGUUAUUAAAGGAUUAGAGCAAGGCUCCGCGGUUGAUUUUCUCUUUAGAAAGAAUUUGAUAUGCUGGUCAGAACAAACCGCGGAAUUAAUACAAUGCAUGGAGUACAACAAUACACAUUCAGGACAGAAAAUGAGAAUAGUUUCAACUGGCUUAAUAACACCAUCUGGUAUUGCAAUUGACUGGUACACAGAGAAAAUAUAUUGGACGGAUGGUGAAACUAACAGAAUAGAAGUCAUUGGCAUAGAUCAAAAGUACAGAAAAGUCCUGUUCUGGUCAGAUAUUGACUUGGCUCGGGCAAUUGCUGUUGUUCCUAAGGAUGGAUUAAUGUUCUGGACAGACUGGGGUGAAAUCCCUAAAAUAGAAAGAGCUGGUAUGAACGGAGACCCAGCCACUCGAAAAGUAAUAGUGAAAGACAAUAUUUUUUGGCCGAAUGGCAUCACAGUGGACUACAAUAAUAAUUUAAUAUACUGGGUAGAUUCGAAAUUACAAUUUUUAGAUGUUAUAGACUUUAAUGGCAAUAAAAGAAAAAGGGUAAUCAAGGAAGGUUUGAAAUAUCCUUAUGCUUUAACUUUUUUCAAUGAACGAUUAUACUGGACUGACUGGGAAACUAUGAUAAUAUACACAUGGGAUAUUAAUACUCACACUGGCUUAAAAGAAGUUUUGAGGUCUGACUCUGCGCCAGUAGAUAUCAAAGUAUAUGAUAACAGUCGGCAAGUAAUGCCUAGUGGGGACUAUCCAUGUAAGAAUAACGAGGGAUGCUCACAUUUGUGCCUUUUAGCUCCAUAUUCACCUGGCUAUGUAUGUGCCUGCCCAACGGGUGUAAAGUUAAAGGAGGGUAGUAACACAACUUGUUACAAUGGACCUCAAUCGUUAUUACUAGUAGCCCAAAGAUCUAUGAUAUCUAAAAUAUCUCUUGAUUCAUCCGACUUCACUCCUUACCCUUUGCCGCUGAAAGAUUUGAAACAAGCCCUAACAGUUGAUUUUGAUCAAAAGACCGAGUAUAUAUAUUGGGCAGAUAGUUUGUCUAAAACAAUAUCUCGAGCGCGUCUAGAUGGCAGUGAACAGUCAGUAGUAAUACACAGCAGCGGUAAGCCUGACAGCAUUGCAAUAGAUCCACUUGCAAGGAACAUAUAUUGGACUGACCCAGUGUCAGAUACUAUCACUGUUGCACGGCUGGAUGGAAGCUCUAGAAAGGUAAUAAUCCACGACGAUCUUUACAACCCGCGUGCCAUUGCCCUUCACCCUACAGCCGGCUGGAUGUUUUGGUCGGACUGGAAUGAAAAGAAACCUAAGAUUGAACGAGCCAACUUAGAUGGCACCGAUAGAAGAUUAUUAAUAUCUGAAAAACUCACCUGGCCAAAUGGCAUAGCUUUAGAUACUGUGAAUAAUAAGCUAUAUUGGGGUGAUGCUCGGAUGCAUAAAAUUGAGGUGUGCAAUAUGGAUGGGUCAAAUAGGACGGAAUUACACAGCAGUGAUAUUCUCCACAUAUUCGGUUUGACAUUACUCGGACAACAAUUGUACUGGACUGACAUGCAGCGACGGACUUUAGAUAGAAUCAAUAAAGAUACAGGUGGUGAAAGGCAGUCAGUGGUAGAGCAAAUGGCGAACAUGAUGGGCGUGAAGGCGAUCCGUCUCAAGCAACCGCUGGGCCACAACGCCUGUUCAAACAGCAAUGGCGGCUGUUCUCAUCUGUGCUUUAACCGGCCUAGUGACUACGUGUGCAGUUGUCCACUUGGCUUAGAACUGGGUAACGACAGCAAAAGCUGUAUAGAGCCAGAAGCGUUUCUCAUAUACAGCAGGAAGAAUGUGAUCGGGCGAGUUAGCGUCGAGAACGAAAACAACGACGCCGUGCUACCCAUCAGGGAGUUGAAGGAAGUCAGUGCCUUAGCAGUUCACGUAUCGGGUUCCAAGAUAUACUGGUCGGACAGCAAGAGUAAAACAAUAAAUCGAUGCUCAGUCAAUGGAGCCAAUAUAGAGAAGAUAUUGGAAUGGGUGGGAUCUGUUGAAGGUUUAGCAAUAGAUUGGUCGGGUCAGAACAUCUACUGGACGGACACCACCACGCAGCGGAUAGAGGUCGCGCGGCUGGACGGCUCGAGCAGACGCACGCUUAUAUGGCAAGGACUGAAAAAGCCUAAAAGUAUUGUUUUAGAUCCACGGAAAGGCUAUAUGUACUGGUCGGAGCUCGGCUCAAAAUCAAUUAAGCGGGCUACAAUGGAUGGGUCUUCUCCCACAAUAGUGUUCGAGCAAGUGGGCAAAGUGCAGGCUCUAGCCAUAGACUACGAGCGGCGAGUCCUAUACUGGGCGGCGUUAGACCCGCCUGCCAUAGAGCUAGCCUUCCUUAAUGGCACCGGGAGGAGGGUGUUGGUAGAUAAUGUGUCUAUGCCCUUCGCUCUAGCUUUGUAUGGAGAUAGACUGUUUUGGGGGGAUUGGCUUACAGGUCUAAUAGAAGUGGCAAAGAAAACAGACGGGUCAAAUCGGAAAGUGAUACACAAAGAUCUAGAUUAUAUAUCCGAUUUAAAAGUUUACCAUAGAGCAAGGGAUACACUCUCGAACCAAUGUGGAGUGGACAAUGGUGGCUGCUCUCACUUGUGUCUCCCGCUACCCAACAACGACUAUCGGUGCGCGUGUCCUACGCAUUACCGUUUGAAUAGGGACAAUCUAACUUGUUCUGAACCUGAAGAGUUCUUGCUAUUUGCGCAGAAAAACGCCGUUGGCCGUAUUUUAGUUGCGAAUGGCGAAUGUAACGAAGCUUUCAUUCCUUUAACUGGACUUAGAAGCGUGAGAGCUAUUGAAUAUGACCCAGUUAAUAAAAACCUGUAUUGGAUGGACGAUGAAUCCCACGCAAUCAGACGGGUUCCUAUCUCGUACUCGACCACUUCCGCCAUCACAGAUUCCACUACGGUCGUGUCCGGUCUCUCGAGACCUUUCCACAUGGUCUUAGAUAUACUGGGCAGGGCUUUGUACUGGACGUGCUUGGACACGGAUUCGAUUAAUGCCACAUCCAUUGAUAAUAACUCCUCGAUGGGAGUCAUUUUGAGGAGAGAAAAUAUGAUGCCUCGGCUGCUGGCUUUUCAUCAAACUAAAAGGAUCCUGAUCUGGAGCGACGCGGGACUGGGCGCGGUGCUGCGCGCGGGCGCGGACGGCGGCGCGCGCGGCGAGCUGGCGCGCGCCGGCAACGUCACGGCGCUGGCCGUGGAGCAGGCCUCCGCCACCGUCUACUGGGUGGUGGCGCGCCAGCUCUACGCCGCGGACGUCGACGCGCCUAACACGCGCCGCAUCAUCUGGCAGGGCGGCGCGGUGAGCGCGCUGGCGGCGUACGGCGGCGCGCUGUACCUGGGCGGCGAGCGCGCGCCCUCGCGCCUGGCGCUGCAGCGCCGCGACGCGCCCGCCGCGCCGCUGCCGCACGUGGCGCGCCUCGUCGCCGCCGUCGCCGUGCACCAGGUGGCCCGCGAGCACCCGUGCUUCGGCGGGCGCGCGUGCGGCGGCGAGCCGGGCGCGUGCGGCGCGGGCGGCGCCUGCGGCUGCGGCCUGCGCUGCGGCGACGCGCGCCGCGCCUGCGCGCCCGGACACGUGGCCUGCGACGCGCCCGCGCCCGCCUCGCCCGCGCCCGACGUGCAGUGCAUACCCAUAGAGUGGAAAUGCGACGGGCAGCGCGACUGCGCGGACGGGUCGGACGAGGCGCGCUGCGACCCGUGCGCCGGCCUGCGCUGCGCGGACGGCACGUGCGCCGCCGCGCUCGGCGCCUGCGCGGCCGGCGCCUACUGCGCCAGCGAGCCGCUGCCUGACGCUUUCCGAUGCGACGAGCGGCUCUGCCUGCCGAUGAAAUUCGUGUGCGACAGCCGCGCGCACUGCGAGGACGGCUCCGACGAGGCGCCCGCCACAUGCGGAUACGUGCAUAAGGAUCAGGUGGUGUCCCCGAGCGGGCGGUCGUCGCACGCGCUGGUGGCGUGCGGCGUGGCGGCGGGCGCGGGCGCGGCGCUGGCGGCGGCGUGGGCGGCGCUGCGGCGGCUGCGGCGCCGCGCCGCGCCGCGCGCCGCCGCGCCGCCGCGCCGCAAGCCCGACCCGCCGCGCCCGCCCGGCGUCUGCGACCCGCUCGCGCCGCACUGCGCCUUCUCGCAGACGAGCGCGUCGGGCACGCCGUCGGCGUCGGCGUCGGUGUCGGCGUCGGCGUCGGACAGCCUGUGCGGGCGCUACCCGCGGCCCACGGCCAACCCGCCGCCGUCGCCCGCCACGCACCCGCGCCGCCGCGCCUACCGCCACUACCGCACGCACCCGCCGCCGCCCACGCCCGCCUCCACCGACGCCAACGAGUCCGAGCCCGAGCACGCGCGCGCGCCGCCGCCCUCGCCCGCGCCGCACCCGCUGCUCUAC